AUGGGUAAACGUAAUGAAGUGGCGCCUCAAACUGUUCCAGGUAAAGGGUUACACCAUUUCAGGAGGAUGCCAUGUGAACUUCAUAAUGCAGCCGCUACUUGGCAGAAAUUUUUAGAGGUAGUUCUAGGAACCAAGUUAGAGACUUUAGUCUUCAUAUAUCUUGACGAUAUAAUUAUUGUUAUGUUGAACUAUCCCACUACAAAGAACGUUAAAGAAGUACGUGGUUCGUCGUCGAAGCUGAAUUGUGAAGUACUUUAUGACGACUUGGCAUUUGAAGUGCGAUGGGCAGUAGCUGGUGAAAGCAUAGUAUUACAACUGGUGGCGAAACUGGAUGAUAGAGAAUACAUGUCCUUCGGUCCUUCUGGUGAUGAUUCAAGCAGCGUAAUGAUUGGAGGAGACGUAGUUGUAGCAUGGGUAGACAAGAAGACUCUCAAGGGCUACGCUGACGAUUACUACUUGGAAGACAAAUCUCAGUGCUCUGGUCCCACAGGAUCGUGUCCAGAUAACAGAUUGAAGGAUAAUUCCAACAACAUCCGUCUUCUCAACGCUGCCAUGGUGAACGGUUACUCAAUAGUUACCUACCAACGACCCCUAAGAGCUUCCGAUGAAUUCGAUCGGCAAAUCUUCACGAAUCACACUCAAGCUAUCAUCUGGGCCAUAGGUCCACUCAACCAGAGAAAGGAGGUAUCAUUCCACAGCAGCUACCUCAAGAAAAACCGCUUCAUUGACUUCGGCCGUCCAGCCAAAUGGAACUGCCCCAUGCCCGAAAACGAACAACCAUCUAUGGUACCUCUUCGUAGCCCAAUCAAAUCUAAAGUUGCAGGGAAGGUGGAAGAGGAGGAGGAGGAGUACGAAGCACCAGUGAAACCGACUACGAAUUCCCCCAGGAGGUCCAACGGCAAUGGAGGAAGAAGAAGAGGUAGCGUGAGAGGAAAUGCUAGGGUUCCGGAAGAAAGUGCCGGUGAUUCCGAGAAUAGUGCUUCUAGAAACAGAGAACAGACACAACAGAGGAGAAGGAUUCCUCAAAGAGAAGCCUCAACGGCAGUAAGAUCUGUGCCCCCUCCAACUCCAGUGAAAAAGCGUGAAGCUUGGGAUAUUCCUCCUAUACAGUGCUAUGAACCAGAAGAUGGGGUUUUCUACGCACAAAUGGGACCAACUGGUGGAAAGAGAGGAUAUCCUGCGAUUACAGGACACGUUGGAUGGGGUAUCUCGUGGUAUAUUAACGGACUUUUGAUUCCGGAAAUCAAUGUUGUUCGAGGAAAAACCUAUACUUUCGUUGUAGAAGGUGGACUGGAUCCCGAAGUCUCAGCAAAGUACCAUCCCUUUUACAUCACAGAUGAUCCAAUAGGUGGUUAUGAAUACAAAACACCUGAAGAAAGAAAGAACGUCCGAAAUUUUGCUGGUGUUCGUGUAGCGAAAGAUGGAACCAUUAUUCCAACAGGUACUGGUCGUCUUUGUCACUGGACACAAACUGGUGAUUUAGAAGCUGAUGACUUCCAAUCUUUCGGAGCCUACCAGCGCACACUAGAACUGAAAUGCGAUCAAGGCGAACCUGGGGUUAUUCAAUGGACGCCUGACGCAGACACACCUGACACAGUUUAUUAUCAGUGCUUCACUCACCGACAUUUGGGGUGGAAAAUCCAUGUCCAUGACUACUGUGAUGAGCAACCAGCUGCAAGUGAAACCAAAAUAACCAUUGUUGCAGCUCCUAGCAAGUUCCUCGAAAAAUCCGGUUCAGACUUAGACGAAAGUCCAUCUAUUCGCAUCGAAACAAGGGUAAAGCCAAAUACUAUAAUUAAGGAAGUCAAGGACGAUUCAGAAACUAAAUACACAAUUUCAGAGAAGGAAGUAAAUCCCGAACCACACCCAGAUCCUCAUCCAAAAGAAGGGAACCCAAAGUGGCAGUUACCAAACGAAAAUAUUCUCACUACACCGCAACAGAGUUACUACAAUUCCUUUCACCAAAGAACAAAACCACACAUUCAAAUGCAUGCUAUCAAUCCAUACUAUCUUGAACCGCUGCACCACAUGGAACAGAACAGGAACUUCAGAACCAGCACACCUUCUAAUACUGCCUACGAAAGCACCUCAUCACACUCAGAAAUGGACCAAUACAAUAGCAACUCUACUACGAGCACCACAACCACUGAAGCCCCUUCGACUUCUCAAAGCUCCCCCCAAGUAACCGAUAUUCUAGCCAUAGAUACCGUUCUACUCAAUGAAACCUACCUCCAGCCCCCUCCAGCCCUACCUCACAAACCACUUCGAAGACCAGUACUAAAUCAUAGCAAAUAUCCAAUGCCAACAGUAAUAAAAAUGCGUCCACCGGCACCAAUAAGGAACUUCGGAAUUCAGAUGUUACCGCACAAAAAACAAAUCAUCAGAGCCCCUUUCAGAAUUCACUCACCGCGUCCUUCGCUUUACGAUUACAACAAAAAAUAUCUUGGCAGUUCUGUUCAACGGCCUCUAUCCACUAAUAUAAUCGUAACUCAAUCCUAUCCUCCAAUAACGAAAGCCCCACCCAUACACUCACAGGCUUUUCGCUUGUCAAUCAAUGGUAAAACUGAAAAACUAAGAAAUGUUGAGGUGUCUGCCCAGCAACCUUCUACAGAAAGAGAGCCUGAGAUCCAAACAGCUCCAAGCACCUCUGCCAUAGAUAUAUCCCUCGUAGAAUUCAUGCGCCCAGCUUUCAACACCGGGUUCAAACCAGAUUCUGUAAAAAUUGAAGGGGGUUUCAAACCGAUCAUAACCAAAGAGUUCCAGGAUAGAGUUGACUUGAACGAACCCGAAAUCGGAUUGGAUGGCGAGAAGGGAAUGGUAAAGCACGAGAGCAAGUACGAAUACAAACCAUUUCACGUUUUCGAACCAGUAUUUGUUCCUUCGCCCACCUUCAAACCCCUCAAAGAAAAACAGGUUCAUAAGAGACCCGUUAAUAAAAAACGUCAACAGUACGUGAAAAUAGUGGUAAAACACCCACGAAGCUUGACAGCGUCAGAAGAGUUACAAGAAGCUGCUGCAGCUGAAAGGGUGGAGAGUUACUACUUGCCUCCUUUGAACCAGAAACCUAUUGACAGAGUGCAAGAGCCAUCGAAUAUCGACAUUGAACUGCCUGAGUCUAGUUUAGAUAUCGCCUCUCCUCCAGACGUGGUGGUUACAUACGACGGUAAGAAAGUGUCGGGGCAGAGCUUGACUGCCAAGUUAUCGGAACGAUCCUCUUUCUUCGAUCGCAGAAUAUCCAAAGCGUCAGCUUUCAUCACAGGUAGACCUCAGUUUGGGCAAUUCAAAGGCGAGCUGCCGCCAUUGAAUAUUGACUCGAUCGACAAAAACGCUCCACAACUUCAAGCUAGCGCUAGGGUUCUCAGCAGGGAUUUGGAUACUCCACCUCUACCAACGGAAGUUCUGGUAUCACAGAGUUCCAUCAGAUUGGCCAGGGUGGGUGGUGCUAGGAAUAAAAGAGCCGCGCAUCAUACUCAUGAGCACACUGCUCAGCAGGAGGCAGAGAGGUUGGGGAAUAGUACACAAAGUGAACCUUCGAAGGGUGCUACUGAUUCUGUAAGUGAAUGGGUGGUUUUGCUUUGCAUUUUUUGCAUCCAAAGUUUUGGGUACUGGCAACAAUAUUAAAUACUUUCAUGGAUGGGAUGAAGAUCUUUAUAAAUUGGCUGGAGAGAACUUAUGUGAAAUUUCUACAAAAAUGUCUCGAUAUGUAAACCAAAAAUUGGGAAGUAUUGAAGUAUGGAAGUAUUGAAAUUUUUUUGUCACAUUUUCGUCAAUUAGAUUUUGAGCUGAAUUCCAUAAAUCUCAAGUAUUUGGAGAGAACUGAAGACCGUUUGUGGGGAAGGAUCGGUAGGAAGUUAUCUAAAUGCACAACUUUUGAAGACAGCAGUCAAAUUUAAAAUGCAAAUUUCAUAUUUUUUUGUCUGUUAGUCGCAUUGGAAUCUUCUUUUUCAAUUUAUCAUCUACAUAAUGUUUUAGAGUUUUACCACAACAUAAUCAAAUCAUUUUUUUUUAUCAAAAAGUAACACAUCUGAUUAUUUUGUUCAAACUAUUGUACAGGUUAUUAGUCGUUCAAUGUUGGGGUUCCAAAAUAUCAAAAUUCAACAGCAAAGCUCAAAAUACUAAUAGCCACAUAAGGGCUGCAAAGAUUUUCAGAAUGAAUAUAUAUUUAAUUCGAAUUGAAAGGGUAUAUUUUUAGGAAAUAUUGAUUUUUGUGAAAGAAAUGUAAUGUAUUCAAAUAUUAUUUUGAAAGUUGUACGUUUACUUGUUAAUCAUGGCUUUCGUGUAGUCAUUUCAUCAGGUAAAAAAGUUAUAAGUCGAUGAGUUGAUAUUGACAGUAAAAAGUAAAAUAGCCAAAAAUUAAGGUUUGAUUCCUUUUCUUUUCAUUUUUCCAGAUUGAUGUCGAAGUUAAUUGACAUUUCCACUUCGUUAAGUAUUUUGUAAAUAAUAAUUUUAGGUGUUUUCAUUAAAGUUUUCUAGUAAAAUUCACUA